GUCAAGCAGUUUUUUCGUCUAGUUAACGAGAAACCCCCAAAAAUAGCUAUAUUCGGGCCUGUAUUAUCAGUUGUUACUGAAUCUGUCGCAUCAGUCUCGAAAUAUUGGAAUCUCGUUGAGAUAUCGCCUACAUCAACUUCCAUGAAGUUGACGGAUAGAAAAGAAUAUCCUUACUUCUUUCGCACGGCAAUCUCUGACAUAAGUUAUAAUCCAGCACGUGUUGCCUUCAUAAAGCAUUUUAACUGGACCCGAGUUGGAAUAAUAUACGAAAUUAAAGAUGUCUUUUUGCACGCCAUUAACGAUUUGCAAGAGAUUUUCGCUAAAAAUGGCAUUGUUAUUGUAUCUAGUGAAAGCUUUACUACACAUCCUCGUGAUAAAGUUGCUAGAAUGAAGUCUAGAGACGUACGAAUAAUUCUCCUAUUUGCAUACCCUGUAAAUGCAAUAAGAGUAUUUUGUGAGGCUUAUCAUCAGAAAGUAUAUGGAUCUAAGUAUGUUUGGAUGUUACCAGGCUUUUUUCUAAACAAUUGGUUCAUUAACAAUCUCAAUGACGCUAAAGUGAAUUGUACGGCUGAAAAUCUACAAGAAGUUAUAGAAGGUUACAUUGCUUUUAAAAAUGAGGUUACUCCGCGAUUAUCUGAGCCUACGUUAUCCGGUUAUACACAAGAAGGAUUUAAAACAGCAUUCGCUAAUUUCUCAAGUGGAAAGCCACUAGUUGGCAGCUACACAUAUGCUUAUGAUGCCAUAUGGGCUUUAGCCCUUGGUCUAAAUCGAACAGAUAUCAUCCUUAGGAAGCAAUUAAAGAAUUUGACGUUAUUUGAUUACAACGAUACUGUUAUACCCAAGAUUCUUAUCAAUGAAAUGAAUAACGUAUCAUUUAUUGGCUUAACAGAUCGAAUUGUCUUCAUUGACGGAAAUAGAGUUGGGAGCGUUAUCGUCAUGCAGUACCAAAAGAAUACCUUUGCAAAUUAUACAAUUCAGACCGGAAAUUAUAAUUACUUCAAAGAUAAAUUAACUUUAGGUGUUAAAGGAAAUACAAUAAAAUGGCAAGGAAGUUUUGCUCCAGUUGAUGUAGAACGCAUUGAAAUUGAAGAAAUUUUCAUUUCUAGUCCCGUAUUUACUUUAUUUGCUUGCUUAGCCGGAAUUGGGAUAGCCUUAUGCGCUGCAUUUAUAUUUUUAAACGUUAGCAAGCAACAUGACAGACUUAUCAAAAUGUCCAGUCCUAAAAUUAAUAUCGUUAUGCUCCUUGGUUCGAUUUUAUGCUACAUAUCUGUGCUCUUUUUUGGGUUAGACUCAAAAGCGGUCGGUAUUAGGUCAAUGCCUAUAUUUUGUCAUAGUGCAGCGUGGACUAUAUGUUUAGGUUUUACAUUGGGUUUUGGAGCCUUAUUUUGGAAAACUUGGAGGGUUUACAGCAUCUAUAGGAAUAAAACAAAGCGAUCUAUCAUUAUCAAAGACAAAAGUUUAAUUGGUAAAAUUUUCGCCUUAACUAUCUUUGAUGCUGUCAUUAUGAUACUUUGGCAUAUUAUUGACCCAAUCUAUACCAAACAAGUUACCCUAAAUCCAAAGUUGGAAACCAACGCGGCAGUAAUUACUCGUUCUGUUGCUAUUAUUUGUGUAUCAAACUAUAUGACAAUUUGGAUGGUAGUAAUCUAUUGCUGGAAGUUUUUACUGAUCGUUUUUGGAGCAUUUCUAGCUUGGGAGACACGUCAUGUUACAAUCCCAGAGCUAAACGAUUCUAAAUUGAUCGGAUUAUGCAUUUAUAACGUAUUUGUGCUAUGCGUCACUGGAGUUUUAUUGACUGCAGUUGUGACAGCUGACCCCAUUACAAGUUAUUGCUUGAUUGCCUCAUUUAUUGUAUUUUGUACCUCCGUAACGAUAAUUGUGAUCUUCGUACCUAAGGUGAGCCAUUCAAAUAAAUAUCUUACAAAAUUUCCUAUACUAUUUUAUAGUUCUUAA